AUGCCUUCCAAGAUUGCUCUCUCCAUCUCAGCCUUGGCCAUCGCCAUCGGCAUGGUCAACGCCGCUCCUCACUACGAGUACAAGUCGUACAACGGCGGCCACAACGUCGUCUCAAACAACGAGAACAAGCUCAUCGACCUCUCCGAGCUCGGUCUCGACGUCGACCUCCUCAAGCGCACCAACUACGCUGUCUGCAAGAAGUACGUCUCCUCCUACAACGGUGGUCACAACGUCUACACUGUCAACGAGAACAAGCUCAUCGACUUGUCCGAUGCUACCGUCGACAUCAGCCUUCUCACCACUGAUGGUCGCAAGCAGAAGACCUGGCGCAAGGUUCCUCGCCACUGUCUCGAGUACAUCAAGAGCUACAACGGUGGCCACAACGUCGUCGUCUCCAACGAGAACAAGCUCAUCGACCUUUCCAACCUUGGUCUUGGCCUUGACCUCCUCAAGCGUCACUCCUCCGACGUCGAGUACUAUAACGCUGGGCACAAUGUUGAGCUCGACAACGAGAACAAGCUCGUCGACGCAUCCGACCUUCUUGUCGAUGUCGACAUCCUCAGGCGCAAGGCCCCUACGUUCUCUUCCUACAAUGGUGGCCACAAUGUUGAGUUGACCAACGAGAACAAGCUCGUCGACGCAUCCGACCUUCUUGUCGAUGUCGACAUCCUCAGGCGCAAGGCCCCUACGUUCUCUUCCUACAAUGGUGGCCACAAUGUUGAGUUGACCAACGAGAACAAGCUCGUCGACGCAUCCGACCUUCUUGUCGAUGUCGACAUCCUCAGGCGCAAGGCCCCUACAUUCUCUUCCUACGAUGGUGGCCACAACGUUGAGUUGACCAACGAGAACAAGCUCCUUGAUCUCUCUGGCCUUCUCGCCAACGUCGACAUCCUCAAGAAGCGCACCAACGCUGACUACUCGUACUACAACGGUGGCCACAAUGUCGAGUCGACCAACGAGAACAAGUUGAUCGACCUUUCGGAUUUCCUUGCCCACAUCGACAUCCUUAAGAAGCGCACCAACACCGAGUACUCGUACUACAACGGUGGCCACAAUGUCGAGUCGACCAACGAGAACAAGUUGAUCGACCUUUCCGACUUGACCGCUCUUGUCAACGUGCUUAGCAAGAGGAGCCUCAAGGGUUACGGCUCCAAGAUUCACGCUCGUGACAUCUCCGAGACCCUCUACCGCCGCACCAACAGCGACGAGGACUGCACUUGUGUCAAGAAGCCCAAGCCCACCCCCCCCAAGCAGAACCCUACCCAGCCUCCUCGUGGCAACAACGGUGGCAACGGCGAUGGCUGCUCUGUUGACAAGCCUACUCCUCCUACCGACAACAAGCCUACUCCUCCUACCGACAACAAGCCCACUCCUCCUACCGACAAUAAGCCUACUCCUCCUACUGACAACAAGCCUACUCCUCCUACCGACAACAAGCCUACUCCUCCUACCGACAACAAGCCUACUCCUCCUACCGACAACAAGCCUACUCCCCCCACCAAGGUCACUUGCGGUACCAACGAGGUUUACAUCAACGAAGGUCACAACGUCGUCUCCCGUAACGAGAACAAGCUUUUGGACUUGAGCGACAUCACAAUCAACAUUGACAUUCUCGGCGACCUUCUCGGUGGUGAAAAGAAGAAGAAGCAGCAGUCUGUUCCUGCUACCUCUGUUUGCACUGCCAAGUCGGGAUGCUGUGUCGCCAAGUCGGUCUACUACUACAACGGUGGACACAACGUUGAGUCGACUAACGAGAACAAGGGGCUUGACCUUUCGGGUCUUAACCUUGGACUUAACAUCCUUUGA